CGUCAUAACGAAGCGACUGUAGCGGGUCGGUGGAAUCCAUACACAAACAUCAGCGUCGUUUGUGGUAUUUUUUAUUGUAUUUUGUACAGUUCAUAGAAAUGCCGAAAGUAAAGAGGAGUAGAAAACCGCCUCCAGAUGGGUGGGAGCUCAUUGAGCCCACUUUGGACGAGCUAGACCAGAAAAUGAGAGAGGCUGAAACGGAGCCUCAUGAGGGUAAGAGGAAAGUGGAGUCCCUGUGGCCCAUUUUCAGACUGCAUCACCAGCGGAGCCGCUACAUUUUCGAUCUUUUUUACAAAAGAAAGGCCAUCAGCAGAGAGUUGUAUGAGUACUGUAUAAAGGAAGGCUAUGCAGACAAGAACCUGAUUGCCAAGUGGAAAAAACAGGGCUAUGAGAACCUGUGUUGCCUGCGCUGCAUCCAGACCAGAGACACCAACUUUGGGACCAACUGUAUUUGCAGAGUUCCCAAGAGCAAGCUGGAAGUUGGAAGGAUCAUAGAGUGCACCCACUGCGGAUGCAGAGGGUGUUCCGGCUAAGUAGGUUUUUGGAAGUUGGGGCUAUUUUCUGCAGGACAUCAGGGCUUAUCCAAUCUCCGCCUGUGUGCUCUCAAAACCCUGGAGCAAGAUUGUCUUUAUUGCAGCGACGUGGUCCAGAGACAACGCAUCAACCUCUUCACCAGCAGCCCUGACGAGCCCAAAUGGGGUCAUUAUCUGGCAAACCUUUCAGUUGGGGUGCAUUAUCUUGUCGGUUCUGAAGUGGUAAAAGUUAUUCUCAACACCCUCAAAGACUGAUUGUGGUCUCGUGAUUGUCAAUCUGUUUGAUUUACAUUGGUAAAGGCAAUGGUAAAGACAAUUUUGUUGUUUCCCUAAAAUUCACCCUUCAUUUUUUUCCCUUCCUUGAGAUGAUUUGAGAUACUGCACAGGUGUGUGCAUUCUCUCUCUUUUUUUAGCAAUCUGAACGCAAGGGAGGAAAGAGAUUAAUUUAACAGGGCCACACAUGUUGUAUUGAUUAAUAGGGCUUUAUGUGAACAUGUACACACGUGUGUACCCUCCUGUAUAACCUAAAGCUUAAACUAGGAAUGAAGGGUCCACUGGGAGAGGUUAAAAGUUGUCUUUGGAUUACGUCUGCCAUUCCAGUUGUUUAGUGUACACUGUGAAGGUCAUUUUAAGUGCUUUUGUAUUUUAUUUCGUCAAAAGGGGGAUGGAAGGGAGGGGAGUAGAGGGGAGAGUUGUCUAGAAUGCCAUUGCUUAAAAAAAAACGUUUUCCCAUUUUCUUGUACUUAAUGAUUCUAAAAUAAACGACUUUGAUUUAUUUGUCUUGGAAUCCUCGUGUUGUGACGAUAAAGUCCCGAGACAUAUUUUGGCAUCGGUAUUUCUUGACCUAUGACCGUCACGGCUCAAGGAAUUUCACCCUGAUUAAAGUAAAGCUAUCAUUUUAACUGAAUUGUGCGAUUGCCGUCGUGGCAAUGACCUAGUGGGAAAGGAAGGCCUUUAGUAGAAUGUAAACAAAUUAGUUUUAAUUUCUUAUUAAAUUUUUUUGUUGAAACCAUGCAUAAACGUGUAUUUGGUUUUCCUUAAAAUAAUCUACCCUUCUGCCAUAAGGUUAAAGCACCUCACGAAAUACAAUUUUAGAUGUUUGAGGAAAACAUUUGUCAAACGAAAAU